GGAGCCGGAGAAAGAGGAGGAGAGGAGAGAAGCGGAGCGGCGUUAAAUCUCCAACGAACUCGGUUGUUCUCGGUAGUUCAUAACAUUGUCUUUACUUUUACUUCUUUUCGGAGGUUUCUUCGAAAAUUUUAUCGCUGUAGGUUCCGAUUUGGAUCCUUGGGACAGUCACAGGCGGUAUGAGUGCAGUGAACACCCCCACAUCCCGGCCACGGCAGUGGUCUUCCCCGGCUCUCGGGCACAAAGCAGCCCUGUCUGCAACCAGCACCCCACUUCUCGGGUCCAUCCAAGGCAACGACGAUGAACAGGAGCGACGUCAAAGGCGGAGGUCCAGAGUCAUUGAUCUUCAUGGUGUCGGUGAUUCUUCCUUCAGUGAGGCUGCAAGUCACAGUACCACAGGGACUCCUGCUGCUGUUCCUAAGCUGUCAUCCGCCCAGAUCUCUGAGCAUUAUUCCACUUGUAUCAAGCUCUCCACCGAAAACAAAAUUACCACAAAGAACGCUUUCGGUCUGCACCUCAUCGAUUACAUGGCUGAUAUUCUCAAGGAGAAAGAUUCAGAGCUCAACUUCAAGGUGGCUGCAGGGACUCUGGAUGCCAGCACUAAGAUCUAUGCUGUGAGGGUAGAUGCAGUUCAUGCUGAUGCCUACAGAGUGCUGGGGGGUUUGGGCGCUGAGACCAAGCCAAAAGAAGGUCAGGAGGCAGAAGAGGUCGAGGCAGCGGAGAGUGCUCAGAGUGAACAGGCUGGAGCCAAGCAGGCCCCAAAGAAAAGACCUGCUAAGAAAACAGUGGAGCAGAAUCUGAGCAACAUCAACCUGUCAGAAUCUGAGAUGAAGUGUGAGGUGGACCCCAUGUUCCAGCGCAUGGCUGCGUCUUUUGAUGAGAACAGCACAGCAGGAGUCUUUCUGUCUGUGUUGUUUAGCGAGGACAGUCGUUGUGAGCUCCGUUUCCCCUCCCAUAUGACACUGCUCCACUCCCGGCCACCCAGCGCACCCACACCAGUCCAGUACACACCCGCCUCGCCCUUCUCAGCUAGUCUUAAAACGCUGGAGGAGAGGUCCAUCUGUCCGUCUCUGGAGGAUUUCUCCUUCACCCAGUGGACACCUGACCAGAGCACCAGCCUGAACCAGAUGCUGGAGAAGAUGAAGCAGGGCGAGCAUGCUUUUGACGUCAACGCUGACGUUGAACCGGACGUGGAUGAAGCUCCAGAUUUCGGAGAUCAUUUUGAUGCGGACGGUGACGAGGGGGGGCAGGGAGACUAUGAGGAGUUUAACGAGCACAAAGACGCCUGCGCUCGGAGGAGCCCUGAGAAACGGGGGGUUAUACCUAUAGGACAGGCAGAUAUCACCACCAUGUGCCUUCAGCUGUCCGAUAAGCCCAGAGAAUACUCAUACUUCAGCCCCCGCACCAUGGCCACAUGGGUCGGACCAGGCUACUGGCUCUUCAAACCAACACAUAAGCAGGAUCACAAGCCAGAGAAGGAACCCAAAAAGAGAGCGCCGAAAAACCCCUUGGUCAUCGACUUCACCGAAGAUAUCCACUUUCACAAUUACUUCCGCACAACCAGAGCUGCGACCACAAUCAGUAAGUCUGCUCUGAACAGCAGCAAUAAGAAAACCACCCUGCCGGCAGAUUUCCAGUAUCCACUCAGCAACCUGUCUCAGCUCAGCCUCAAGCCCUCCAACACGCUCAGCUCAGAAGGAAAGAAGAGGUUAUCCGGUGAGCUGGCAGAAGAAAUAGGGGACUACGACUACAACAACGCUAACGAUACUGCAAACUUCUGCCCAGGGCUGCAGGCUGGAGACAGUGAUGACGAUGCUGAAGGCUUUGCUGGAUCAGAAGAUUCACAGCCUGACGGGGACAGACUGAACCCCUCGACUUUUGACCCAGAAGGUGUGUCUACAUACGGAGAGGACUGCCUGGUGCCGGAGCCCCACAAGGUGAAUAUAAUUGAGAUUAACUACGCCAAGACAGCCAAAAAGAUGGACAUGAAGAGGCUAAAGAACAGCAUGUGGAGCCUCCUGACCGACAGCCCAGAAAAAGCAGCUCCGGAGGUAGAGACUGAAACAGAAGUCUCAGGAGAAAAGUCCUUCAGUCAGUCUACUAAGACGCUAUUACAAAGGCUGCCUACCACCAUGGCCAAUAACCUGUCCGUGCCGCUGGCCUUUGUUGCCCUUCUGCAUCUGGCCAAUGAGAAAAAUCUGGAACUUCAGAAAGUGGACGACAUGUCGGACAUCAUCAUCAAACAAGGCCACUGACCUGCCUUUGGGCCAAAGGCCAAAACAUACCUAUGCUGCUUGAUUAAAAGCAAUUUUACUUUUUUAUAUGUUGUACAGUAUGAUUUAUGCUACACCAGCUGUUUUUCUGCUCUGAAACGCUUUUUUCCCUCUCUGUAAACUUAAGUAAAGGCUUUUAUUACAUUUGUGACCCAUUUUUGACUUCAA